AUGUCGGCCAACCGGAGCCGCUCGAUGCUGUCGGUCAACCUCGAGGCGGCCGCAAUGGCCAACGAUCCGCUGCGGGAACUGUUUGAGGCCUGCAAAACCGGUGAUCUGGUGAAGGUGAAGAAACUGAUCACCGCGCAAACGGUCAACGCACGGGACACGACCGGAAGGAAGUCGACGCCACUGCACUUUGCUGCCGGUUACGGCCGACGGGACGUGGUCGAGUUCCUGCUCGGUAGUGGAGCCUCCAUACAGGCCCGCGAUGACGGUGGGCUCCAUCCGCUGCACAAUGCCUGUUCGUUCGGGCACGCCGACGUGGUGCGUUUGCUGCUCGAAGCCGGCGCCAAUCCGAACACGCGCGACAACUGGAACUAUACGCCACUGCACGAGGCGGCCAGCAAGGGCAAGAUCGACGUGUGCAUCGCCCUGCUGCAGCACGGGGCCGAUCCGAACAUACGCAACUCGGAGAACAAGAUCCCGAUCGAUCUGGCCGACCCGUGUACGCGGCCCGUCCUGACCGGGGAGUACCGCAAGGACGAGCUGCUGGAGGCGGCCCGCUCCGGGUCGGAGGAUCGACUGCUGGAGCUGCUGACGCCGCUGAACGUGAACUGUCACGCCAGCGAUGGUCGCAAAUCGACCCCGUUACAUCUGGCCGCCGGCUACAACCGUAUCCGCGUCGUGCAGAUCCUCCUGCAGCACGGGGCCGACGUGCACGCGAAGGACAAGGGUGGCCUGGUGCCGCUGCACAACGCCUGCUCGUAUGGCCACUUCGAGGUGACGGAACUGCUGAUCAAGCACGGGGGCAACGUGAACGCCAACGAUCUGUGGGCCUUUACGCCACUGCACGAGGCCGCCUCGAAGAGCCGGGUCGAGGUGUGCAGCUUGCUGCUGAGCGAGGGCGCCGAUCCGACGCUCCUGAACUGCCAUAACAAAUCCGCGAUCGAUUCGGCACCGACGCGCGAGCUGCAGGAGAAGAUUGCCUAUGAAUAUAAGGGCCACUGCGUACUGGAUGCUUGCCGACAGGCAGAUCUGCAGCGGCUGAAGAAGAACCUCACGACGGAGACGGUCAACUUUGUGCAUCCGUACUCCGGUGACACCCCGGUGCACGCGGUCGGCCAGUCCGUGUACCCGAAGCGCAAGCAGGUCCUCGAGGUGCUGAUCCGCAAGGGCGCACUGCUGAACGAGAAGAACAAAGACUUUCUGAUGCCGGUCCACAUCGCGGCCGACAACUCGCACUACGAGCUGAUGGAUGUGCUGCUACGGCACGGCGCCAAAGUCGACGGGCUCGAUGGGCUCGGUCAAACGGCACUGCACCGGUGCGCACGGGAAGAUAACAUCCAGGCGUGCCGGUUGCUGCUGUCGUACGGUGUCGAUACGAGCAUCGUUUCACUGCAGGGCUACACGGCCGCCCAGUUGGCCACGGAGAAUGUGCUCAAGAUCCUGCAGGAUCUGCCCAGCGAUACGGUCGACCUCGAGUGUCAGCUGCUGGAGGCGGCCAAAGCGGGCGAUCUGGACACCGUGCGGCGGAUCGUGCUUUCGAGCCCGCUGACGGUGAACUGUCGCGAUCUGGAUGGGCGCCACUCGACGCCGCUACACUUUGCGGCCGGCUACAAUCGCGUCCCGGUGGUCGAGUUCCUGCUGGAGCACGGGGCCGAGGUGCACGCCUCGGACAAGGGCGGGCUGGUGCCGCUGCACAACGCCUGUUCGUACGGUCACUACGAGGUGACGGAGCUGCUGGUGAAGCACGGCGCGAACGUGAACGUGGCGGACCUGUGGAAGUUUACGCCGCUGCACGAGGCCGCCGCCAAGGGAAAGUACGAAAUUGUUAGGCUUCUCAUCAAGCACGGAGCCGAUGUGACGAAGAAGAAUCGUGACGGGGCCACACCGCUGGAUCUGGUGCGCGAAGGCGAUCAGGACGUGGCCGAUUUGUUGCGGGGCAAUGCGGCCUUGCUGGACGCGGCCAAGAAGGGCAAUCUGGCGCGGGUGCAGCGGCUCGUGACGCCGGAGAACAUAAACUGCCGCGAUGCGCAAGGACGCAACUCCACGCCGUUGCAUCUGGCCGCCGGUUACAACAAUCUGGAGGUGGCCGAGUACCUCCUCGAGCACGGAGCGGACGUGAACGCCCAGGACAAGGGCGGUUUAAUCCCGCUCCACAAUGCCUCUUCCUACGGGCAUCUCGAUAUUGCCGCGCUGCUCAUCAAACACAACACGGUCGUGAACGCCACGGACAAGUGGGGUUACACGCCGCUACACGAGGCCGCCCAGAAGGGCCGUACGCAGCUGUGUUCACUUCUCCUCGCUCACGGUGCCGACCCGUUCAUGAAGAACCAGGAAGGCCAAACCAGUCUCGAUCUCGCCACGGCCGAAGACGUCAAGUGUUUGCUGCAGGACGCGAUGGUCGCGUCUCAGGGAACCGGCGCCGGCGCUGGUGCAGCGGGAGGUUCCAGUUCCGGUGGGAUUCUGGGCGCGAACGGAGCACACCUGUCCACGGCCUGCUCGCCGACGACUGAAACGGUCACACUGCCCACGGGAGCCUCCAUGACGCUCUCCGUUCCCGUUCCUCAGCUUCCAAUUCGCAGUUGCCUCAGCCCGGCGCAGGGCGCCGAAGCGAACGUCGACGGGAUCGUGGUCGAUCACGACGACAAGCUGCCGACGGUUUCGAUCGAAUCGUCCGUCUCGGUGUUCAUGGGCAGCCUGCAGCUGGAGCACCUGAUCGAGCUGUUCGAGCGCGAGCAGAUCACGAUGGACAUUUUGGCCGAGAUGGGCCACGAAGACCUGAAGCAGGUUGGCGUCUCCGCGUACGGGUUUCGGCACAAGAUCCUGAAGGGGAUCGCUACUCUGCGCGCCACGACGGGUCUUGGCUUAACACCGAACCCUGGCACACUGCUGGUGGAUCUGCUUCCCGACGACAAGGAGUUCCUUGCGGUCGAGGAGGAAAUGCAAGCCACCAUCCGGGAGCACCGGGACAACGGCCACUCAGGGGGCUUCUUCACACGCUACAACAUAAUGCGGAUACAAAAAGUGCAAAACCGGAAGCUGUGGGAACGGUACGUGCACCGGCGGCAGGAAAUAUCGGAGGAAAACGGUCACCAGGCGAGCGAGCGGAUGCUGUUCCACGGUUCGCCGUUCAUCAACGCGAUCGUCCAGAAAGGGUUCGACGAGCGGCACGCGUACAUCGGGGGCAUGUUCGGGGCGGGCAUCUACUUUGCCGAGCACAGCUCGAAGUCGAACCAGUACGUGUACGGCAUUGCCGGUGGCAUCGGUUGCCCAACGCACAAGGACAAGUCAUGCUAUCAGUGCCAUCGACAACUGCUGCUGUGUCGCGUGGCCCUCGGAAAGUCAUUUCUGCAGUUUAGCGCCAUGAAGAUGGCCCAUGCACCGCCCGGUCACCACUCGGUGAUCGGGCGUCCGUCGGCCGGUGGUUUGCAUUUUCCCGAGUAUGUUGUCUACCGUGGCGAACAGGCAUACCCGGAGUAUUUAAUAACGUACCAAAUAGCGAAACCGGACGACGGGACGGCCGGCGAGGAGCCGGCAAGAUGAUGGACGAUUUCAGCCGUUAGUAACAUCAGCCAAAACAACAACAUUCUCG